AUGUGUUCGUCUUUCAAUUUUCCUCGUCCAACUACUACUACGGACGAUCUCGAGAACCUUCACGAGGUUCAUGGGGUUGAUUGUUCCGUCGUUCUUGAUUUGGCCAGAGCGGAUGAGACCCCUGAAACUGUGAGAGAGGGCUACUACGGAGCUUAUCUUUCCUUUUUCCAUUCUUUCGGUCUUACCUUCCCGAUUUCGGAGCCUAUACUUGAGAUCUUGGCGGAGCUUGGGUUAUCCCUCUCUCAGCUUCUCCCGAAUUUCCUCAGGCAUCUUGUUGCGUUUCUGGUUAAGGUUAGGGAGGAGGGUCUCGCUUUUGGUCUUAGCGAGUUUCGUCAGUUCGUUCUGGUGAAACGAAACAAUCAGACCCUUGGGACUUUCCUUGUUUCUCCGCGUCCAGGUCGUCACGUCAUAGACAAUAUUCCUUAUCGAGACGAGAAGUGGCAUGAACAGUUCUUUGUUUUCCGAAUGGAUCGAGUAUCUAUGGGUGACUUUGAUUUCUCCCGACUCUCUCGACGUUGGGCGGAGAAUAUCGUUCCUGCUGGAAGUUCCUCGAUGUCGGAUGAGAUCCGUGGUUUGAUGAGAAUCCUUCGGAGAGGUUGCUCGAAUUGGUUCACUUUUGACCAAACCCGGAUUCAGACUGUUUUUGCCUUGCCAGUGGGGACUGGCAAAGCUCCUUUAAUCGAGAAGUCCGAGGACGAGACCAGACAGCUCAUGAGGAGGUCGUCGUUCCAAACUUCCGGGUCUACGUCGAGGAGUCGAGCUUCAGGAAAGUCCCCUUUAAUCUCGAUCCAUGAUUCCGACGAUGACGAUGUUCCAGAAGAAAGUCAGCCUCCUGCUUCGUUGAGUCCUGGUAUGGAUGAGGAGACUGUGGUGGUGACUCUUCAGAGCGAUCUAAUUUCCAUCGCUGGUCGUAUGAGGUCCGCGGGUUGCCGUCUUCCGUCUCUCGCUUCGUCAGUUGAGAAGGAAGCGUAUGCCAAGGUUGCUGUGGCGAGCUCUAAGGUUAUGGAGGCUUUCAAUGAAUAUGUCGUGAUGAUGGAGGAUCAUGUCGAGGCUUCCAGGAAUGAUAAGGAAAUCGAAAGCAUUGGCUCUGAGAUUAAGAGGCUUUCAGAAGAGCUUGAAGUCACCAAGCGAGAAGGGAAGAAGGAUGCUGAGAAGAUCGAAGCUUUGACUGAAGACUGGAAGAGAGUUCAUCUGGCAAAUAAGGCUCUCGAAUCUCAGAUGGUCGCUAAACGGGCAAGAAUUGCGGCGCUCGAAGUUGAGAGGGAUUGGGGUGUUUGCCGAGCUUCCCGUAUUGCUCGUCGCGACACUGCGGCCAAGUAUCGGGAGAUCCUUGAAUCCUUGAAAGAUAGGUGGGCGAGCAAGAAGAAUGAAAUAUCUUCUGAGAUUCAACUACAGGAGGUGGUUGCGAAUAUCAAUCUCUUGACCGAGCUCAAGGAUGGAGGCUUGACUGUGGAUGUGGAACUUGCUCGUUUGAAGGAAAUGGAAAGAGAUUGCGCGGAUCUUCUCGCGUCGGCUGAUGUGCCGGAUUGGUCUAUCUCUGAGUUCGAUCUUCCUCAAAUCUCAGAUGAUUCUGUUGAUCAAGUCGGGGGGUCAUCUGUCCUCGAUGACUCUGUUUCUAGUUAG